UCUCCGGCUGUUGCUCGGCGAGGCUGCGUCGUUGUCUGCCGUGUCGGACACACAAGACACUCCGCACGGCACCACGGACCAGCCGCGCCGCCCGCCGUCGCCUACCCGCCCCGAUGGCCGCCUCGCCGUCGAGGUGCCUCCUCGUCACUGGCGCACCGGGCGUGGGGAAGACGACGCUGGUCAUGCGGGUGAUGGAAACGCUCAGGGCGUCUCACCCGGAACUCACCAUUCGCGGUUUCUCUACCCGGGAGGUGAGGGAGAGGGGGGAGAGGGUCGGGUUCGAGGUCGUCACGCCCGAUGGGCGAAGCGGGCGGCUCGCCUCCUCCAGGAUUUCGAGCCCUGAAUCUGUUAGAUGGCCUACUGUUGGAAAGUACAAAGUAGAUGUAGCAUCUCUGGAAUCGCUAGCAUUGCCCGAGUUGCAGGUCAAAGAGGACACAGAUCUCUAUAUCGUUGAUGAAGUGGGUAAAAUGGAGUUGUUCAGUUCAGCCUUUUUCCCUGCUGUGGUGAGAGUUAUUGAGUCCAACAUCCCAGUGCUGGCCACCAUACCAAUACCAAGAUAUGGCCGUGACAUUCCUGGAGUGGCGAGGUUGAGGAAUCAUCCUGGCGCAGUUGUUUUCACCUUAAAUACUGGUAAUAGGGAUACCAUGAGAGAGGGUAUCUAUGAUCAGUUGAGCAGAUUGGUACAAAAGAGGUGAUGUGCUGCCCCUUAAUUGUCGCUUAUCGCAUGUAAUGCAGAAAACUACGUUUCUCUUAUGAGCAAAAGAGGUGUUCCUCCGUUUGCACAUCUGUGGUGUAGUGUGACUAUCCAAGUUCAACCUUUGACCAACAAUUAAUUCAUAACAUCUGUUAUAUUA